AUGGACUCAAACAACUGGCGAGUCAAACGGGAGCCCGUCAAAGAUGGUGGCGGGGGAUUCACAACCCCAAACGCGCGGUCAUCGCAACAAUGGGGCAAACCCAAUCGAGAUUCAGACCCAAAUCAGCAAAGGCCUCAAGCGUUGCCCUCGUGGGGCGCAAUGCCGGUGUAUACUGAAAAUCGACCGCUUUAUCGGGGAGGCUCAAAUCCUACCACAGGCCCGUUUUCUCGCCCGAUACCAAGGGGACUCCACGUCAUAAUCAAAGACCCUCAAGCAGAGGAAGCGAUAGCUCAAGGUCGUCGGAUCUAUGUGGGAAAUCUCCCAUAUGAUGCGAAAAUCAAUGAUAUUCGGGCCUUGUUCGCAGAUAUAUCACACCUCAUUCAGGAUAUUAGCAUGUCCGUGGAUCCAAUGACUGGUCGAAAUCCCUCAUAUUGUUUUGUUGAUUUCACUACUAAGGAAGCGGCCGAGAAGACCAUAGAGCAGUUUAAUGGAGUUCCUUUCAUGAAGCGGCCGUUGAAAGUCCGGCCAAGCGUAAAGCCCGGAACAGGUACAGGCCGUUAUCAUCUGCAGGGCGGCAGCGAAAGUCAAAGCCGUGCCACCAGUACCGAUUCUCCAGCACAGGAGCCGACACAGAACGAAACCGGGAGCCCUUACGUCUUCGAUCGAUGGCGGCGCCUUAAUGCUCAGAUCGACCUAGAGAAUCUGAAUAGCGCGGCCAUGGAAGAGUGCCGGCGCCUCGAUGUUGGCGGCCUUCCACGGUUUCCUGAUCAGCCUACCACCAACCUGAAAAUGCGAGAACUCUUCAAGGAUUAUAACGUUGAGGUGGUCAGCAAGUUACGCCCCCCGCCUAAAUCCAUCAAAGAGGUUGCUGGAAACCAUUACCAUUGCUUCGUGGAUCUUCGAACUAAAGAGGAAGCUGAUCACGCAGUGUCAGCGUUAAACGAAACUGACAGGUUUAACUGGACUAUCACUGUAUUGAAAUUGGAAGGUAUUUCGACCAAACUCCACGAGAGAGAGCGAGUGUACAUAUACAGCUUGCCACGAAGGUUUGAUGAUAGGACUCUGGUGAACGAGGUCAAGGGAUUGCUGGAGCCGUUCGGGGAGCUCAGGUUCGUCAGCGACAUCUUCAACCACCGUCCAACGAAGGACGGAGAACCAUCAAACUGGUGCUGUUGUUAUGUCGAGUUUGCUGAAGGUAAACAAGCUGAUGCAGCAAUACACGCGCUAGAUAAGGUAGGGGAAGUACGAGGUUGUAAGAUCACUGUUGGGGCAAGGCCCCGAGGCGCUUUAGAAGAGCACUUCUCGAAACCCGAGUAG